AUGAACCUUUACGAAUCUGAUGUAAACCAAAAAUCUUUAACAAAGUGUAAGGAUGAUCUUAAAAAUGCGUCAAAGAUACUUACAUGGAAUAAACGCUUACUUCUCCUUCUCGGACUUUGGCCGGAGUCUCCCAUGGACUUUCUCUUUUGCGCUAGCGCCGUUUAUUACAUAUUUUACCUCGGUCUGGACUUUGUCUCCUUCGUCCUGUUUCUCAGGAAAAAAAUCCUUAAUGUUUCAAUUUUUAUCCAACUCCUCGCCUACGGGCAUAUUAGCGCUCGACUACUACUACUGCGUCGACACAACAAAACCUUUGGCAUUUUAUUCACUGAAAUAAAGCAGGACUACGAGCUUCGAAAUUUCGAGUCCGAUCAAGAGUUAAGAAUGUUUCUGAAGUACAACAGACCAGCAAAAACGAUGAUCAAGUUGCUUUUUAUCUGCUCAACCUUUUUUGGCGUUGUCUUCUAUGUGAGGCCAUUUCUGACGACCUACUUUGUUCAUCGUGCUAUACGCAAAGCGCACAGAAACGUAACGGCUCCGUUUUUUUGGAACACCUACUUUUACAAAUUUCACAAGAUUACGACUAUAAACGUGUAUGCAAUGCACUAUGUGAGCGAAUUUCCAUUUUCUAUUCUAACUGGGAUAAUUAGUUGCGCAACGGAUUGUUUGGUUCUCACCCUUGGUUGUCAUUUAAGUGGCAGAUUGGCUGCGUUGUCUCAUAGAAUUCGAAAUGUAAAUUUUCGCAACGGGAGCCAGGAGUUCAAAGCUGUCAUUCGAUUGCAUCAACAAGUUUUGCGAAUUGCAGAAAUGAUAGAAGAUUCAUUAAGCAGUUUGAUGCUAUGUCACAUACUUGUCGCCAGUAUUUUGAUGUGCAUUGUACUGUAUAAAACAUUGAUUUGCUUGAGACCAGGAAAAAGGAUCCAUCUUAUUAAUACUGUCAUUUUGCUAUUUCUCAAUAUUGUGAGGCUAUAUUCCCAUUGCUGCGUUGGAGAAUUCCUAAUACAAGAGAGCCGGGCCGUUCAAGCAGCGUUUUACGAAUGCAAAUGGUACACAAUGCCACUGCAAGAUCGAAAGCUCAUAAUCCUAAAUUUGUUAAGGAGUCAGCGUCCAAUUCGUUUUACUGCUGGAAGUUUAGGAACAUUUUCUAUUCAAUUGUUUUCAGAGGUUUUAAAAUCAUCUUUGGGCUACUUAUCAGUUUUGAGGAAUAUCGUUUGA